AUGAUAUUUGAACCAUCGACUAAUUCGCAUUCACAACAAUCUUCGUCAUCUACAAAUGGCCAUCAAUCUUUGUCAACUACAAAUGACCAGCAAUCUUCGCCAGCUGCAAAUGAUCACCAAUCUUUGCCCGCUGCAAAAGAUCAACAGUCUUUGCCCGCUGCAAAUGAUCAACCAUCUUCGCCGAAGAUCAAGCGAAAGAAGAAUGAUUCCGACGAUUCCGAUUUCGAUGACUUUUUAACACAAAAUGACCAGGAGCAAGAGGUGGAGGAUGAAGAAGAGGAUGAAGGAGAAGAUAAUGAAGGAGAAGAUACUGAAGAGGAAGAAAAUGAAGAAGAUGAGAACGAAGAAGAGGAGAAUGAAGAUCAGAGGAGAAUGGACUUGAGCAAAUUUUGGUGA